AUGGAUAAUACAGGUAGUUUAUCUAAUAAAGUAGUUUGUUGGAUAGAUUGGGAAGAGUGGAAAGAUGUAUAUAGAUGGAUCUACUCAGAGGAUAAAAAUGAACAAUUACGAGCUAUAAAUAGAGUGGCUGCUUGGAAGAGUCGUGGUCGUUUGCCUUUGGCGGUCGAAGCAACCUCUUCGUUCAUAGAGAUACUCUAUCACAGCGAUAGUCGCACAGAGAACGAGAGAGUACUCUGUCUAUCGAUGGCGAUCAACAGGUUGGUGAACGGUGUUCUGGAAUCCACUCAGAAAGGCGGUGCAGCAACGAUGUUCUCGCGUGCCGCUCAGAUGAAUCUACCGUCGCACUUUGUUGAGAUACGUCACGAGGCGGCACACGGUACACUCCCCUCGAUUCGGCUACUGAAGAACGCUGCAUCGACCGGUCUCAGCUGGCUCGACGACUUCUACUGGAAGACGCAAGCCGAGCAACUUGACGACUAUCGCUCGCACCUGAAGCGCCUGCUGUCGCGCUUCGCCAAGGAGUUUCGCGCGCAAAAGUUCACCAACCUGACGACACAGAUUCACUGGAUGUCGCCACGCGUCCGUACACUGACACAAGACAUCUCUGCAGAGAUAACUGCGGGACUGCUCGAGAGUGUCCUAGUGCCGAUGUUGAUCGACGACUGCUUUAUCAUACCGGCAGGCACCCAGCUGCAAAAGGGUGACUACCAACUUCCGGAAUCGAUACAGAAUCAAUGGUCACCACUGCUAAAGUCACUUCACACGAAAUACGUUCAUUUCCUAACGAUCUUGUUGUAUUUGAUGGUCGAUAGAAUAGCAUCGCCAAAGAAGAGUCAACCGAAUCAAUCGAGAUUGAUGACGGCAUGGGUGAUCUACCUCUUGCGAAACAAAGAUAUCUUUGACUUUAAGAAGCAGCUGGAAGCGAGUAUGGAACUGCCUCAUCGCUAUCUGUUCGAGCGGUGUCUGAGGUCGCGUGCUACCGACGCGCCGGUGUUGGUCGAGGCGAUAGGUCCGAUGCUGUCGACACGCGAUCAAAAGGCAAUGGUGAAGAAGAAAGGCAACAAACUGAUAGAUCCACUGUCACAGUAUGAAGCCAAGUCGUCGGCAGCAGGUCGUUGGCGUCUAAUCGAUAUGUGGACACCUUGUCCUAUUGGUGUGGCACCAACAGACAGCAGCAUAACACAAGACAACCAAAAAGGUUUAUUAGAUCUACCAGAAUCACUAAACAACAAAGAUAACAUCACACUAGUACAAUGUAUACAAGAAAAGAACAUCGAUAAAACAUUACAGCAAACACAUUGGAUAAAUGAAUUCAAAGAGUUAUAUCCUGAUUUAUUAAAUAAGAAUAAUAUAAUACAACAACAACAACAACAACAACAAUCAAUAAAUAUAAACAAUAAUAGUAAUAAUAAUAAUAUAAAUACACAAAUAGAAUCAAAUUUAUCAAAUAAUAAUAAUAGUAUUAAAACAAAGAGAGAAUGUAAUCAAGUUGAAGAUAGUGAAGAAAAGAGUAGUACACAAAGUGUUAAUAAAGUAAAGAAACAAAGAAUGGAAUCUGUUAUUGAUAGCUCAAGUACCCAAGAACCUGUAGACAAAGAAACACCAACUAAUAGCACAACAAAGUCAAAAUCAAAUACAACGAAAAAGAAGAAAUCUGUUGGAAGUAAAGUAGAUUUAUUACAAUUUUGGAAAUAA